UUGAGCAAUUCAAGCAUGGUGAACACCAUGGAGAUCAGUAUCAUUUCCAGAGACACCAUCAAACCAUCACUCGAUUCCUCUUCACUUAACCAUCUAAGUCCUUUCAAACUUUCCCUCGUCGACCAGCUGACUCCCGCAACGUAUAUGCCACUGAUCUUGUUCUACCCCGUUAGUGAUCCCAAGUCAUCGUUCAAUCUCCUCGAAACCCUAACCCGCUUAAAAAGCUCCCUCUCCGAGACUCUCACUCUCUACUAUCCAUUUUCGGGACGGGCUAAAAACAACCUCGACAUUCAUGACUUUGACACCGGUAUUCCCUUCCUUGAAGCCCGAGUCAAUUGUCGCAUGCUCGAGUUUCUUAAGCUCCAAGAAACUGAGUUGUUGAACCUUUUCGUUCCAUUCCAUCCCAUUUGCAAGGAAACUGGUGAUGAGUCUCUGCUCCCCAUGAUAGCUUUUCAAGUGAAUGUCUUUGCUUGUGGUGGAAUAGCAAUUGGGGGAUCCGCUUCUCACAAGCUAUGUGAUGGGUUGGCCGCAAACUCUAUCCUUGAGUCUUGGUCUACUAUUUUUCGUGGGGAGUGCGACAAAAUAAUACACCCUAAUUUCUCCCAAGCCUCAUCGCUCUUUCCUCCCAGAGCUCUGUUGCCUAAAAAGUAUCUAGAUUUAGCAGAUAGGUUUUGGUUCAAGGAAAACAAUUAUGUUACAAGGAGAUUUGUGUUUAGUGUCAAAGCCAUAGCCACACUACAAGAAAAAUCGAAGAGCAAAUGCGUGCCCAAGCCAUCACGUAAUGACGCACUCACAUGUUUUAUUUGGAAACAUGCAAUGGCUUCUUCUCGGGCACUGUCACCAGGUUCCUCACCAAGAACUUCCAUAGUAGCGCAUGCAAUGAACAUGAGAUCACGGAUGAAGCCACAAACGUCGUCAGCUAAUAUCAUUGGAAAUUUCUUUUGGUGGGCGACAACAGUCGCGGACUCAUCUAAGCUAGGAGAAGAUCAUGAGUUAUGUGACUUGGUGCACCUGAUUAAUGAAUCUCACAAAGGAUUUGAUAGGGGUUAUUUUGAGUCUCUUCAGGGAGAAGAGGGAAUUGGAGCCAUUUCAAACUACUUUAAUCAACUAGAAGUCUUGCUUUCUUCAAAGUCCCCACCAGAACUUUAUUUAUUCACCAAUUGGACAAGCAUUUUUCACAAAUUGGAUUUUGGAUGGGGGAAGCCUUUCUGGGUAGGGCUCAUGGGGAAAGUCGGGCCUGAGUUUAGGAAUUUCACGGUGUUCAUGGAAGCACAAUGUGGUAAAGGAAUUGAAGCGUGGGUGACAUUGGAGGCAAAGCAAAUGGCUCUGCUCCAAAAAGACCUUAAGUUUCUAGCAUUUGCUUCUCCAAAUUCUGGGAUUUCAAGCAUGUGACUGAACUUCUUUCCGCCGUGUAGUGAGUGUGGUUGGUGUGUUUACUCAUUGAAUUGUUAUUUAGUUUAAUUUCUAAACUCUCUGUAAUGUAAUAUGUGACUCUAAAGAACGAGUCUGUAUUGAUGUCUGUGAGCUCGGUUGUUUGUUGCUUAAUUUAAAUGAAAUAUUUUUCUAAGUGUUUUCUUGUGCUUGUUAAGUUAUCGCGUUUCGGAUUCGAAUUUCUUUAUUCGAAAUUCGGCGCGUACAGUAAAGGGUGAAGCUUCGGUAUGUUAAUAUUUUUCAUAU